AUGGCUCAAGCUGUAGAAGAAUGGUACAAACAGAUGCCAAUUAUCACCCGUUCGUACCUCACUGCUGCAAUUGUCACCACCAUCUGUUGCUCCCUCGAAAUAAUCUCACCUUACAACUUGUACUUGAACCCAGUGCUAGUGGUUAAGCAUUACCAGUUCUGGCGACUCAUCACCAAUUUCCUCUACUUCCGGAAUAUGGACUUGGACUUUCUGUUCCACAUGUUCUUUCUUGCUCGAUACUGCAAGCUUCUUGAAGAGAAUUCUUUUAGGGGAAGGACUGCAGAUUUCUUUUACAUGCUUUUAUUUGGUGCCACUGUUUUAACUGGGAUUGUUCUCAUUGGCGGAAUGGUACCUUAUGUGUCAGAAUCAUUCGCAAAGAUUAUAUUCCUUAGCAAUUCACUGACAUUUAUGAUGGUUUAUGUGUGGAGCAAGCAAAACCCGUACAUCCAUAUGAGUUUCUUGGGCUUCUUUACGUUCACAGCAGCUUACCUUCCAUGGGUUCUUUUGGGAUUCUCUGUCCUUGUUGGUGCUAGUGCCUGGGUUGAUCUACUGGGAAUGAUGGCUGGUCAUGCAUACUAUUUUCUUGAAGAAGUGUAUCCACGAAUGACUGGUCGUCGACCCCUAAGAACUCCAUCACUUAUAAGAGCACUGUUUGCUGAUGAGCCUGUUGUUGUGGCCCGCCCUGCAAAUGUGAGAUUUGCGCCCCCACCUGUAGAGGAAGUUCAACAAAAUCGAUAA